UGAACAACGAUACCGAGCGGUUGGCGUUCUCUUGCAAGCAAGCAAAGCAAAAAAAAAUUAUUGUGUUCGAUUUUCUAGUGCCUUCCCACAAAAGACAGCAAACAAGAAGAAGAAUAACAGCAGCAACAAUUUGUAAACGCUGCUGUCUGCUGCCAACGCACAGUCAAUUUUUUUCUAACUUGGCCCUAAGCAGCAACAACAACAACGAGAACGAGAACGCGAAAUCAGAAAUUAGUUGUCGUCGUGUGUGUCUCUGUGUGUGUGUGUGUUAAGUUUGAGUGAAAAAUUAUGGUGCGCAAAAUUAAAUAAAGGAAGCAGAAUAAUAAGCAGUUUUAUAACAAGUCCAGCUAAAGAGUAAUAAAAAUAAAAACACAUAUAGUGCCAUCCCUCAAAGCAGAAAUAACUCCAACGAUUUCUGUGUGCCUGCAAAACGUGCUAAAAAUAAUAAUUAACUGCGACGAGACGAGUGUGUCUCGACGGUCUGAAAGCGAAAGUAUUUACCAAAGUGCUACAUGACAAAGACAAGGCAAGAUGACAUCGCAUUCCUACUAUAAGGAUCGUCUUGGCUUUGAUCCCAAUGAGCUGCAGCAGCAAGAGCAGCUGCACCAGCAGCAGCAGCAACAGCAUCACAGUAAUUCAAUGAAACGCAGCAGCUCGAGGCAGACGCAUCAUCAUCAUCAGAGCUAUCAGCAUGCCACAACAAUGAGCAGCUCGGGCGCAUCGCCGGCAAGAAUCUCUGUGUCGCCGGCUGGUGGCAACGGCAGCCUGGAAUACCAUCAAGUGCAGCGAGAGCAGCGAGAUCGCGAGCUAUAUGCCAGCAAUGGACAUCAUAGCAGUCAUCAUCAGCAGCAUCACUCGUCGCAGCAGCAGCAGCAGCAGCAUCAUCAGUCGCCGCAGCCGCAGCCGCAUCAUCAACAUCGACACUCGCAUGGAGUGAUCGAGGCUAGUCCGGCGCCUAAGAAGGCCAAACACUCGUCAACGCAGUCGCAGCCGCAGGGCGGCUACGAGGAUGCAUUGACGCAGUUUAAAGAUGAACGCGAUGCCAUUCAGAAAAAGACUUUCACAAAAUGGGUUAACAAACAUCUUAAAAAGGCCAAUCGACGUGUUGUGGAUUUGUUUGAGGAUUUGCGCGAUGGUCACAAUUUACUUUCACUCUUGGAGGUGCUAUCUGGCGAACACCUGCCACGUGAGAAGGGUAAAAUGCGUUUCCAUAUGCUGCAGAAUGCACAAAUGGCCUUGGACUUUUUGCGUUAUAAGAAAAUCAAAUUGGUUAACAUACGCGCCGAGGAUAUUGUGGAUGGCAAUCCAAAGCUAACGCUCGGACUGAUCUGGACCAUUAUAUUACAUUUCCAGAUCUCCGAUAUUGUUGUGGGCAAAGAGGACAACGUAUCUGCUCGCGAGGCUUUGCUGCGCUGGGCGCGCCGCUCGACUGCUCGGUAUCCGGGUGUGCGCGUUAACGACUUUACAUCAUCGUGGCGUGAUGGUUUGGCCUUCUCGGCUUUGGUGCAUCGCAACCGACCGGACUUGCUUGACUGGCGAAAGGCAAGGAACGAUCGGCCACGCGAUCGCCUCGAGACGGCCUUCCAUAUUGUGGAGAAGGAAUAUGGAGUGACGCGUCUAUUGGAUCCAGAAGAUGUGGACACCAAUGAACCGGAUGAGAAGUCACUCAUUACGUACAUUUCAUCGCUGUACGAUGUGUUCCCAGAGCCGCCCUCUAUUCAUCCAUUGUUCGACAUGGAGUCACAACGUCGCGUGCACGAGUAUCGCGAUUUGGCCCAGCAGUUCAUCUAUUGGUGCCGCGAGAAGACCGCUUACUUGCAGGAACGUUCGUUCCCGCCCACGCUCAUCGAGAUGAAACGUUUGCUCAGCGAUUUGCAGCGUUUCCGCAGCGAGGAGGUGAGCGCACGCAAACGUGAAAAGUCCAAGCUCAUACAGAUCUACAAAGAGCUGGAGCGUUACUUUGAAACGGUGGGUGAGGUAGAUGUCGAAGCGGAUCUGCGUCCCGAUGCCAUUGAGAAGGCCUGGUAUCGCAUGAACACCGCUCUGCAGGAUCGCGAGGUCAUAUUGCAGCAGGAAAUCGAACGCUUGGAGCGUCUGCAGCGCUUGGCCGACAAGGUGCAGCGAGAGAUUAAGCAUGUGGAUCACAAGCUGACGGAUCUGGAGACGCGCAUUAGCGAAGAGGCGCGUCGCAUUGAGCGCUUGCAUCCAGUUGAUGCCAAGAGCAUUGUCGAGUCGCUCGAGACAGAGAUCAGACAUCUGGAGGAGCCCAUUCAGGACAUGAAUCAGGAUUGUCAUGUGAUCAACGAGGGACGCUAUCCACAUGUGAGCGAGCUGCACAAGAAGGUCAACAAGCUGCAUCAGCGCUGGGCACAGCUGCGCACCAAUUUCCACACAAAUCUGGUACAGAAAUUGGCCGGUUUGAAAUUCCCCGUCCACGAGACGACUGUGACGCGUCAAACGCGCAUGGUGGUCGAGUCCCGUCAAAUCGAUACCAAUCCACAUUUCCGCGAUCUGCAGGAGCAUAUCGAAUGGUGCCAAAAUAAAUUGAAACAAUUGCUUGCCGCCGAUUAUGGCAGCGAUUUGCCAUCAGUGAAACAGGAGCUGGACAAUCAGCAGCAUGAGCACAAGAUCAUCGAUCAGUUCCACACCAAAAUACUCAACGACGAACGCCAGCAGACCAAGUUCAGCGGCGACGAACUUAACCUCUAUCAGCAGCGACUCAAUCAAUUGCAAAAGGUCUACGCCGAGCUGCUUAGCACCUCGACCAAGCGACUCUCCGACUUGGACUCGCUGCAGCACUUCCUCACCCAAGCCUCUGCCGAGUUGCAGUGGCUCAACGAGAAGGAGCAGGUGGAAAUCACACGCGACUGGGCGGACAAACAACUCGAUUUGCCUUCAGUGCACAGAUACUAUGAGAACCUUAUGUCCGAACUGGAGAAGCGUGAGAUGCACUUUGCGACGAUUUUGGAUCGAGGCGAGGCUUUGUUGAACCAACAGCAUCCCGCUGCGAAGUGCAUUGAGGCGCACCUGACGGCCUUGCAACAACAGUGGGCGUGGCUGCUGCAGCUGACGCUCUGCCUGGAGGUGCAUUUGAAGCAUGCCACCGAGUAUCAUCAGUUCUUUGCGGAGAUUAAGGACGCAGAGCAAUGGCUAACGAAGCGCGAUGAGAUACUCAACAGCAAGUACUCGCAGUCGGACUUUGGUUUGGAUCAGGGUGAAGCCUUGUUGCGUGGCAUGCAGGAUUUGCGUGAGGAGCUGAAUGCCUUUGGCGAAACUGUGGCCACGCUGCAGCGACGAGCGCAGACUGUGGUGCCGUUGAACAAGCGCCGCCAGCCUGUGAAUCGUCAAGGACCUGUGCAGGCCAUAUGCGCGUACAAGCAGCAAGGACAGCUGCAGAUUGAAAAGGGCGAAACGGUUACACUGCUGGACAAUUCGGGACGCGUCAAGUGGCGCGUGCGCACGUCCAAGGGACAGGAGGGUCCAAUACCUGGCGCCUGUUUGCUGCUGCCGCCGCCCGAUCAGGAGGCUAUCGAUGCAGCUGAGCGUUUGAAGCGCUUGUUCGAUCGCUCCGUUGCGCUGUGGCAGAAGAAGCAUCUGCGCUUGCGUCAGAACAUGAUUUUCGCCACCAUACGCGUGGUGAAGGGCUGGGACUUUGAUCAGUUCUUGGCCAUGGGACCCGAGCAGCGCACGGCCAUCAGACGCGCCUUGAACGACGAUGCGGACAAAUUGCUGAGCGAGGGCGAUCCCAAUGAUCCACAGCUGCGACGCUUGCGACGCGAAAUGGACGAGGUCAAUCGUCUGUUCGAUGAGUUCGAGAAGCGUGCGCGCGCCGAAGAGGAAAGCAAGCAGGCGAGUCGCAUCUUCACGGAGGAGUGCAUUGCCAUCAAGAGCAAGCUGGAGGAUAUGGCGCGUGAGCUGGAUCAGAUUAUAUUGGCGCCGCUGCCGCGUGAUCUGGACUCGCUGGAGCAUGUGCUGGAAAUCCAUGCGGACUAUGAGCGUCGUCUGCAGCUGCUGGAGCCUGAGCUGAAGCAUUUGCAGGAAACUUUCCGCACCAUAGCGCUGAAGACGCCCGUGCUAAAGAAAUCGCUGGAUAAUCUAAUGGAGCUGUGGAAGGAGCUGAAUACGCAGAGCGGUCUACACAAGGAUCGCUUGAAGCUGCUGGAAGCAUCGCUGGCGGGUCUCGAAGACAACGAGCAUGUCAUAUCCGAGCUGGAGAACGAGCUGGCCAAGCAUCAGGAUUUGCCUUCGACUGCCGAGGGACUGCAGCAUGUGUUCAAGCAAUUGACGCAUAUGCAGGAUAUCAUAACACAGCAGCAGCCGCAAAUGGAUAAAAUGAAUGAUGCAGCUGAUCAACUGGGACGCAUGGGUGUGCCCACCAAAGUGCUGGGCGACCUAAAGCGUUUGCAUUCCAAUGUCGAGCGUCUGAACACGCGCUGGAGCGCCGUUUGCAAUCAGCUGGGCGAGAGAAUGCGCUCAUGCGAGACGGCAAUUGGGCUAAUGAAGAAUCUCCAAUCGAGCGUGCAAGUCGAGGAAUCAUGGGUGGAUGGCACCACCGAGCGUCUCUCCGCCAUGCCCACAGCGACUUCAGCUUAUGAGCUAGACAAACUGCUUGGAGCUGCUAUCGAACGAAAACCAAAAAUCGAAAGUGUCAACGUGGCUGGAGGAAGACUUAUACGCGAAGCUAAGAUUUACGAUAGUAAAUGUCUGCGCUUUGUUGAUUGGUUGAUUGAGGCGCGUCCAUCAUUUUCGCCGCCACGUCGCGAUCUACGUCCGGCGGAUAGUGAUCCGGGCGCCACACAGUAUUACAGCCAGCGCUUGGAUAAUUUAAAUACGAAAUACGACAGAUUGCUGGAACAACUGUCGCAACGUCUAAAAACUGCAAUCGAAGUGAAUGGCAGCGAUGGUCUGCAAUACGCUGAAAGUCUACAGAAACCGCUCAAGACCUUUAGAGUUGACUUUAGUGCGGGCAGCGUGCCAACUGGCGAUGGCUACGCUGCCGCACGUCCGGAUGAGCUCUAUACCACCACAUACAGCACUACACAAUUUAGCUCAACGAAAACAACGAAAAGCUCCACAAAGAGCAUUUACAGCAGCGAUGGCAUUGAUGCUGCCAAUCAGCAAAGCACCACAACAACAACAACAGCAGCAACUACACCGAGUCAGCUGCAGUUCAAUGAGAUACGCAGUCUGAAGCGCGUGCAACAGCUGGUGGGUGGCAAUGGCACCUCUGUGCUGGAUAUUGCCGGCAUACGUGAUCCACGCAGUGGCCGCAUACUCACCAUAGGCGAGGCCAUACAGCUGCGUAUACUUGAUGUGCGCACUGGCGAAAUGUUGCUGGGCGAGCGACGCCUGACGUUGCAACAGGCCGUGGCAGAGGGACACAUAGACGCGCAGCUGGCGCAACAGCUGCUGCAGCCAGGCGCAGGACGCGAUGCAGCAGGACGCGAGCUCUCGCUGCUCGAAGUGAUACAGCGCGAGCUGAACGAGGCCGAGACGGGCUAUGAGACAGCUGAGAAGCGCAUUAAGGUAAACAAGAUAAGCACGUUGGAGGAAGUGUCCACACCCGAGCAGCCUAGGGAUAUUGUCGAUGCCAUUUGUGCGGGUAGCGUGGACGCCAAGACGGGCGUAUAUCGCGUCAAGUCCGGCCAGACCAUCAGUCUAGCGGAGGCCUACGAGCGUGGCUAUCUCAUACGGCAUGAAUCGGUGACAAUCAAAUCGAAUGCGCUUUGCCUAAGCGAUGCGCUGGCGCAUGGUUUGGUUGACAGCGCGGGUUGGAUAAUCGAUCGCAAUACGGGCGACAAGUAUCGCUUGGACUCGGCCAUAGCCAAUCAAUUGAUCGAUGCAAGCGUGCGCGAAGUUGUCGAUGCCAAACGCGAUGUUAAGAUUACGCUAGAGCAGGCGCUAAAGUCGGGCAUCUUAAAUGCCAAAACGGGUCGCUAUACAAAUGAGGUUACCAAGGAGAAGCUUAGCUUCCUUGAGGCGCGCAACAGACAGUUAAUUGUUAAGCCUUAUACAUUGAAGGACGUGUGCGAUUUGCAGCUGCUAGACAAGCAGUCCUUGAUUACCAGUCCCAUGCGGCGCGAGAAGUUGAGCAUAAUGCAGGCCAUAGAGGCGGGUGUCUUGGAUGGCAAUCAGCUGAAAUGUGUGACCAAGCGCAAGGGUGAGCUCGUCACGCUGCAGGAGGCCAUUGCCGAUGGCAUUGUGCUGCCUGCCGAGUGUAAAUAUCGUGACUUCAUGACUGCCGAGCUCAUCAGCAUACCCGAGGCUGUGGAGCGUGGCUUGAUUAGCUCCGUUUCGCAGCGCUCGAUCUUUGACAUUGAUGGUUUCAAGGACUUGCGCAGCAACGACUAUGUUAGCUUUAAUGUGGCCCUCUCGCGCGACAUUCUGCGUCGCAAGAGCACGGGCUUUGCCUUAGAGACAGCUAGAGAUAGUCUGGUGCCCCUGGAAGUGGCUGUGAGCGAGGGUUUGGUGCGUCAGGAGGUGUAUGAAAUGUUUAGUCGCGGCAUUGGCGUGCACAAUGCCAGCGGUCAAGAGUUGAAUGUCUUUGAUUUGGUCUAUCACAAUCUGAUAGAUCCCAAGACAGGCUACUUGCUCGAGGCCAAAACUGGCGUCACCGUGCCGCUGGACACUGCCAUAGAACGCAAGUUUAUCACACCCGAGGGUGCCUUGUUGCUGAGCAGCUUGCUCAACAUAACUUUAACCACAGAGACUGUAACGCGUACAAUCAAUCGUUAUGUAACCAUUAGGGCCGGCUCGCAGGAGCCCUCAGAUAGCGUGUUGCUGACCUUUACCGAGGCAGUGCGUCAGGGUUUCAUAGAUGAGGAUAGGCAGCUGUUCAAAGACCCCAAGACGGGGAAUGUUUAUGCCGUGCAGCAGGCACUCAACUACGGUCUCUUGCUGCCCGACAGCAAUCAGACUGUGCCGGAGCCCACGCAGCGUAAAAAGACCAAGUCCACCAUUACCAUUGUUACCAAGCAAAUUAUACCUGAAGCCGAGCCCAUCAAGCUCAACACACAGCAUACAAAGUAUGUGGAGAAAUCCGUGGAGAUACCUAUAGCACACGAGUUGAUAAAGCCGGCACGCAGCCAGCAGGAGUUGGAGCAGCGCAGCUAUAUGGAGCAGCAGGUGACCGAAAGACAAAUAAUGGAGCUGCCACCGGGUGGUUGGCCCUUGAAGGCGGCCAUUGAGCAGCGCCUGUUCAAUCCGGAUACGGGUGUUUUGCAUAUUCAAGGCACAGAUCGUUUGGUUUGCUUUGAGGAAUGCAUAGACAAGCAGUUGAUCAAUCAUUUGAGCGUUGCGGUUAUCGAUCCCAAAUCUGGCAGCAAAAUAUCAGUUAAGGCAGCACUGGAGCGCGAUAUAUUGGACAGCUAUGGCAACUACAGAAAUCAGCGACAGCAGCUCAUCAGCAUGCGCAGCGCCAUAGCUGAGGGCAAAAUUCUGCUCGAAAAUGUGCCAGUCACUAGCACCACCUCCAAGACUAUACUCAGAAUUACGCGUGUCAAUAAUAUGCCCGAUGUGCUGGAAGUUUCGACGCCGCUGAAGGAUAAGCCACCACACUUUGUAGAGAUUGUCAGCUGUCAACGUGAGCUGGCCUCACCGGAGCCGCUGCAAAUAGCGCCAGGUGCCAUUUACGAUCCGUCCACAGCUUUGGUCAUCUUUACGCAAAGCGGCGAAACCGAGCACAUCUUUGAUGCUGCACGUCAAGGACUCAUAGAUGAGCAGCUAAUCAAAAUAUUGGAUCCCAAGACAAAGCAACAGAUAACGCUAACAGAGGCCAUAGCUCGUGGCAUUUAUGAUCCACGCUCGGCUACUAUGCUGAACGCUGAGGGACAGCCUGUGGAUUUGAUAACUGCCACCAAGCUGGGUCUGUUGAGUGUGGUGGGUGCACCACUUGUUGCUGCCGAGGGUGCUUUGCGCACCGUGCGUUUUGUUACAGAUCCACGCACCGGCGAGCAAAUUCCCGUUGAGGUAGCCUAUGAACGCGGCAUUGUGUCGCGUGAUGUACUGACGCGCGAACCCUCAACCACCGAGGAGCAGGUGGUGGUGCUGCAAAAGAUGCGCAAGCUUAUACUCAAACCACGCGAUGCCCUGCGCAAGAAUAUUAUAGAUGAGGAGACCUGCCAAAUACUGGAGGACACGCGCAACUUUACCAAUCCAAAGGGUGAAGUAGUCAACAUCAGCGAAGCCUUCACUUUGGGCUUAAUCGAUGGACGUCGUGGUCACAUUAUCGAUCCGCAGUGCAAUCGUGUGCUGAAUCUGAGACAAGCAGUGGAGCAGAAGAUUCUUGAUGCCGAGCAUACCAAUCACAUACUCAUGCCGCUGGCCAAGAGUCUAUCCAUACCCAGACUACAAGCACAGGGACUCAUUGAUGAGCGCACGCAGACAAUUGUGCAUCCCGAGAGCGGCUAUCCCCUGAGCAUACAAGAAGCUAUUGUCUGCGAAGUUUUGGAUGGCAAUGCGCCUCUGCAGAAGCCUAAGAAAUGGACCCUGCUGGAGGCUAUCGAGGAGGGCAUUGUUAAUGCCAAUGAGAGCACAUUCAGCUACAAGAACAAGACGCUGAACAUAACAGAAGCGAUUGAAGCAAAGCUGUUCGAUGUAAGCUACGAUAAGCAGGAAUGUAAGGUGGACAUUCCACCGGUGGGCAUGAUAUUCCCAGUGGCUGUUGAAAAGAGUCUGGUGGAGCCCAACAAGCGUGUGGUGCUGCAUCCAAGUAGCAAGCAAGCGUUGCCUAUUAAGCAAGCUAUUGAUGAGCACUUCAUUAUGUCCAUACCCUAUGCACCCAAACCAGAUGCUAUUGAAGUAAUUCCAGCGCUAGAACGUGGCUUAAUCGAUGUUGCAGCUCAGACGGUGACGCUACCCACAACAGGCGAGCGUCUGCCGCUGCGUCAAGCUUUGGAAACUGGCGUGCUGGUGGUCAAACGCUUGUCGGACUUUGUGGUCACACAGCAACCCAUACCCAAGACAGAAAUCAGCGAAACGCUGCGUGCUGUGCAUACAGUCACCACCAAAACUAUUGAGCUAAUGCAGGGCUAUGUGCUCGUCUCCAAUAAUGAGGUGCAAAAUGUGCAAACGGGUGAGGUUUGCAGUCUAGAGCAGGCUAAGGAAAUGGGCAUUUUGCGUGAGGAAGCAACAACACGUGAGAGCAAAACAGCAGUGGGUGAGAGUCUGGACUCCAGUGCAUCCACUACAGUUACUACGCUGCCACAAACUGUCGUUGUGGAGGAGCGAACACAAACCGUGGUCAUUAGCUCGGAUACGCGCAAGCAAGAGAUGCAAGUUGUGAGCACCAAACAGUCCACACAGCCCACAGAUGUUGUGGUGGAGAAGUCUCCCAGCAAAGAGCCAUCAAAGACGCUGCAGAAUGUUAAAGAAGCAGCCAAGUUGGGAGCACUAGGCGUCCUAGCAGCGCCUGUGCUAGCGGGUGGAGCGCUCGUCAGCGGUGUAAAGAGCCUCAUCAAGUCGGCCAAGACGCCAUCAGAGCAAGUGGAAUCGACAACAACAACGACAACAGUCAGCAGCACAACUGUGCCAACUACUCAGGAAAAACCAGCACAACCUCAUGUUAGCUUUAUGGAAGUGGAGCGUACGAAUUUAAUACCACAACAAGUGCCAAGUGAAGUUGAUAAUCUGCUGCAGGAUACGGAGAAGUUUAUAAGCAGCACCACAGCCAACUUUAUUGCGAAUGAACAGGCGCAACAGUUGCCCAAGCAACAAGUUGUGGACCAGCAAGCCACAACAGCAGAGCUUACAACGACAUCAACAACAACAGUGACAACCAUAACUACCUCAAAGACAAUGGAGACAGCUAUAAGUGAAAGUGAGCCUGUUGUUAAAGAAGCAGAAAAACCAACAACUGUGAAGGAGCAACCAGAAAAGCCUAAAGAAACAACAGUUGCCGAUGUUAAGACAGUGGAAGCGAAAACAAUUGAGACUCAAGUUGUUAAGCCAGUGGAAACACAAGUCAAGGAGACUGUAGUCCAACAUCCAGUGGAGACACAAAUAACCGAAACCGUCCAAACUACAAUAACAAAGGAAACAACUCCAGAGGUAACGCAGCCACAGAAGGACACAGUUAAAGAGGCUACACCAGAGCCUACAGCUAAGAAGCCAGAACCUAAGCCUAGGGCUACAGUGGUUAAGGAAGAAGUAACUGAAUUUGAGCCGCCAUACACUGCACCACUUGCGCCUUUUGAAAAGACAGAACCAACUGAGGUUACCACAACAGUAACGGAGGAGCUGCCCAGCACAGUAACGGAGGAGCUGCCCAGCACUGAAUCACAAACGGUGACAACCAUCACAACAACAGUGACCAAAACUGAAAGUGUGGAAGAAAAGCCAACAACAACUGAAACAGUUGUAACUAGCAAAGCUGAAAAGCCAGAGAAAAUCGUUGUAGAAAAGCCUGUCGAAGUAGAAAAGCCCAAGCAGACCAUUGAGACUGCAAAGCCUGAGGAAAUUUUGGUAGAGGAAAGAGUAAUUACAUUCGAGGAACCCACAAUAUCUGAAUCUACGACUACAACAACCACAACUACCAUAACAACAAAGACAAUCACCAGCGAGGAGCAGUUACCAGAGCAAACGGUGACUGUGACUAAGGUUACAAAAGAGGAACCAAUUGUAGAAACAACUGAGUUUACAAAAGAGAAACCAAUUGAAGAAACAAUUGUGACUAAAGUAACAAAGCACGAAACAAUUGAAGUGCCAGUUACAGAAACAACUAAGACCACGGUAACAGUAACCAGCAGCUCAACAGUUGAACCCAAGGUAGAACCCCAACAACCGGGUGUCUUGGAACAGUUACAACAACCAGUAGACACCACAGACAAACAUCAAACGGUUGUUGACUUUAUCGAACGUGAGAAGGCACCCCAAACAACGACAACGACAACAAAAGUCAGCGAAGGCAGCAGCAUUAUGCAAAAUGUUAAGGAUGCUGCCAAAUUGGGUGCCUUGGCUAUUGUUGGAGCACCUGUGCUGGCAGGCAAAGCUUUGGUCGAUGCGCUCAGCAGUGAUAAGACUGUGAAAACAGCGGUGACGACAACACAACAGGAAUAUCAGGAACCCUCCACAACAGAGAGCAGCAGUACUACAAUUGUCACCAAAAUUACAACUACAACAACGACAACAACAAGCAGCACGGAAACUGGCAGCGGUCCUGAUGAUGAGGCACGUGAUGUGGUAGAAACUCAGGUCACAACUGUGGAGAGUAAGCGCGAUGUGCCUUUGACUUUGGCCAUAGGUGAUGCUAUAUCACAGCAGCUAAUUAGUCCCGAAGAGUGUCAGGUUAUAGUCGAUGGGGAGCAGCAGUCGGCUAGUGUUGCCACUUUGCUCAAGGAAGAACAGCUAAGUCCUUUGGAUGAGGUGCAAAUUAUCGAUGACAAAUUGAUAAUCUUGCAGCAGUUGAGUUACCUGGUGGACUUAGACACCGAGCUAACACCCGAAAAGUUGAGCGAACUCAAUCUUUAUGACAUUCAGCUGCAGCACUUUACAGAUCCGUCCACAGGACAGAAAAUCUCCUUCCAAACUUUAGUCUUCGAAAUGAACAUUUUCAACCCUGAGACCAUUUUGGUUAAGAACUUUAGCACAGGCAAAUAUGAAACCCUAACAGUAGCAUUAGAGCGUCCACUUCUAGACAAGCAUACGGGUCACAUGGUGGAUCCCAAGACAGGCAAGAAGAUACCCUUCUUCGAGUGCAUUGCACGUCAGUGGAUAAUACGCGCUCAGCCUGAGGAACAGCGACCCAUAGAGAGUGUUAGCAUCGAUUCAGAGACAGGACAGGUGGUACUUGACGAUGGUCGGGUUUGCAGCAUUGUUGAGGCCAUCAACAGUGGCAAGCUAGACAUACAGUCGAUAUCGGUGCGCGAUCCAGUCAGCGGUGAGGUAAUACCUUUGCGUAUGGCAAUUGAGUUGGGAGUGGUAGACAUGCAAGCUGGCACAGUGAUAGACAUACAAACAUUGAAGGAAAUACCCAUGGAGUUAGCUUUCCAAUUGGGCUUCUUGGUGCCAGGAGCACGCAAGCCCAUUUCCUUGGAAGCAGCAGUGCGCAAGGGUCUGUACGAUGCUGAGACAGGCAAACUGUACGAUGCCGAAACUCAAAACCAGGUAGAUGUGCAAAGAUCUAUAGAGAUUGGCUUGGUAGAUCCCAAGAUUUCACUUAUUGUGGACACAGUUAGUCAGCAAGCGCUGAAACUCGACUGCGCCAUAGAAGAUGAGCUGGUGCUGCCCGCAACGGGACAGAUUAAAGACAACAAGCACAAUACCUUGGUGCCCUUCGAUGUGGGCGUACAGCAGCAUCUGCUCAAGACAGACAGCGUCACCUGGAGUCUGCCCGAAGUGCUGCAGCGUGAAUAUUACACACCCAGCACGGGUAAAGUUUUGAAUCCAGUGACAGGUGAGCAUAUCUUGCUGCAGCAGGCUAUAGAAAUGGGCUUUGUUGAGUUGGACUCGACAUUGGUCAAAGACGUGGAGCAUGACAGAAUUCUGCCAGGCAAAGAAGCUGCCAAGUUGGGUCUGCUAGACACAGUGCGUGGUUCGCUGAGCUCACCCAAUCUUAGCCUCGACGAGGCCUUUGUCAAGGGCUAUCUCAUCAGCACCAAGAAACCACUGUCGCUAGUCGAUUGCCUGCUGCGCGGGCUUUACAACCCGGAGACAGCCAAGUUUACCAUAGACAAUCAGCAGAUGGAUCUUAAGACAGCUAUAGCUCAAAAGCUUAUCAAUCAAGCUGAGCUGGUGCUGCUCGAUCCCAAAACAGAGUCGAUUAUAUCGCUCAAUGAGGCUAUAGUCAAGGGCUAUCUAGACCCUGUGGCGGGUUAUGUUAUCAAUCCCUAUGCUGCUACCAAGUUAUCGCUCAACGAGGCGCUAGAGCACCGCAUUCUUAUACCGGCCAAGCGCAAACGUAGUCUACCCGAUGCGGUAUACAGAGGUCUAUACGAUCCGAAGACAGGCCAGUUUAGCAAUACCAUAACACGCGAGAAGCUAACAACUGAACGUGCAAUACGUAGAGGUAUACUCGAUCCCGAUACGACGGUCGUCAAUGUCUGUGGGCAGGUGGUACCCUUCGGUAUUGCCACGGAGCAGGGCAUAGUAAACAGUCAGGAGGGCACGGUGCUUGAUGAGCAUGAUCAGCCUAUAGAUUUUAAGGAAGCAUUCGAUAAGGGUGUGCUAGUGGAAGCAAAGAAACCCAUGCGGCUAAUGGAGGCUGUGGUUAAGAACAUUUACGAUGAGGUAGAUGGACACUUUGUAGAUCCCAAAACGGGACAGAAACUGAACUUUGCCCAGGCACUAGACACACAGCUGCUCGACGAGCAGAGCGUGCAGAUUAGAGACUUUAACACCGGACUGUACAAGCAACUGAGUCUGACACUUGCCAAGGACGAAGGCAUCAUAGAUCCCCAAAACUCCAAGCUGCUCUAUAACCAGCAGCGCAUGACCAUCAAACACGCUUUCAACAUAGGCAUACUCAUGGAUGUAAAUGCGCCAAUUAGCAUACAACGCGCUAUUCACCAAGGUCUAUACGAUGAGAAGAGCGGCAAGCUGACGGAUCCCAAGACAUCGCGCAAGAUUACGCUGCUGGAAGGCAUGCGCAGUUUCGUUGUCAAUCCUCAGUUGCCUUGCUACUUCGAUGAGCAAACUGAGCAAAUGUACAGUCUAAGCGAAACCUGUCGUCAGGGCAUUAUAAACAGACGCGAGGGUGUGUUCAAGGAGCCGGGCAGCAGCAUCUUUGUGCCGCUAAGCGAGGCUUUAAGCUUGGGCUUGAUGGUGGACAUAGAGCAGGCAGCGUUUGGCUUGUAUGAGCUGCUGGCCAUGGGUUUCUAUGAUGUGCAGACGCGCAAAGUGCUGCAUCCGGUUACCCAGCGUCAGCUCAACUUGAAUGAAGCCUGCGUGGAGGAUGUGGUUAGUCUCUCCUCCAGUUUGGUUAAGCACCAUGAUACAGGCAAAUAUAUGCGCCUAGCUGAUGCUAUUAAACAGAAAUUGAUAGACGAUAAUGCAGGUUGCUAUAACUUGGGCAGUGAGCAGUUGGACAUGCAAACAGCCAGAGCACGUGGACUCAUUGUGUCCAAUCGUCGUCUGCUGAGUCUUGAAAUGGUUUUGCGCAUGCAACUUUAUCGCGCUGAGACGGGCAAGUUCUGUGAUCCCACGACGGGUGCUUAUCUAGAUCUAUUCGAGGCUAUACGCGAUGGUUUCAUAGACCCAACAACAACAGACUUUAAGAAUCAGUUGACGGGCAAGGUGCUGCCUUUAAUGGAAGCUAUAGAAAAUGGUGACAUAGACGUAUCCAAGGGUCGCGUGUUGGAUCCCAAGACCAAGUCCACUUACAACUACGAUGUUGCCUUUACGCGUGGCAUCUUGGUGACCGUGCUGCGUCCGCUUACCGAGCGCAGCGAAGUCGUGCAUCGUCAGGAUAGCGUCGAGCUCUUGAGUCAAACGCCCGUUAGCGUUGUCAUUAGCAAACCGCGUGAAAUGUCGUUAGAUGAGGCUAUACGUUAUAACAUUAUAGAUCCAAAGACAGCUUUGGUGCGCGAUUUCGAUAGCUUUAAGUUCUUGCCAUUUACUGUGGCAGAGGAACGCGGUUUGGUGGACAUAACUAAGCGCACGCUUGUGGAUCCUAAAGCUCUUUACUUUGCAUUCGAUAACACGCUCGUCAUUUAUACGCGUGAGCCCUUGACAUUCGAUCAAGCAGCCGAGUCCAAGGCGCUAGACCUGCAAACCGGCAUGCUCAGCUAUGUGCAUGAGGCUGGCGCAAACGAUUCACUGACUGUCAACGAGGAGCCGAAGGUAUACACGCUCAAGGAUGCCGCUAACAUGGGUGUAAUUGAUCCCGACUCGGCGCUGGUCAAGGACUUGGCCAAGGCGAAGCUUGUGCGUUUGCCAGAAGCGUUCCGCAAGGGCUUGAUGGAUGCCAACAAGGCAAAUGUGCUGAACACACAAACCUCCAAGCUCUGCUCACUGCAGGAGGCCUACGAGAGCGGCCUCAUCUGCACGCCCAAGCGCUCCUUUGGCUUGCUAGAGGCCAUCAGCUUUAACCUGUACAAUCCAACCAAUGGCCGCCUAGUCGAUCCCUUCCAAAUGCAUCCCGACAUCAUCAAGCGUAAAAAGUAUACGCUAAUCGAAGCCAUUAGCGCUGGCCUCAUCGACCCAUCCUCAACGGUGGUGCGUGAUCCCAGCUCGGGUGUUAUUCACCCACUGACGGCGGCCAUUAGCAGCGGGUUAAUCGAUGCCAGCGAAGGUCGCCUCAACGAUGCCAAUGAGCCUAAAAAUAAUAUUGAUUUGGUCAAGGCAGCGGAGAAGGGUUUGCUGCUGCCAGCGGAACAGCGGCAAGCAGUAUUCGAAAAGUUCAACAUGUGCGAGGAGAAUGUCAACGAGCUGCUCAAGUGGGUAACAACUGUGGAGCAGAAAAUCUCCAGCGUUGGUGGUCCACGUGAAAAGAUCGAUGAGCUGCGCAAUCAAAUUAAUGCGCUCAAGCAAAUCAAGGAUGAAAUCGAAUCGCAGCAACGUCCCGUGGCCACUUGCCUAGAGCAAAUACGUCAAAUUGUGCUCACUGGCGGCGAUGUGCUGUCCGCACCUGAAGUCACCACGCUGGAGAAUUCUGGCCGUGAGCUGCGCUCGCGUGUGGAUCGCGUCAACGAUCGCACUUUGCGUCUGCUGCGUCGCCUGGAAGCCGGACGCGAUGAGCUGACCAAGCUGCGCAGCGAGCUGGACAUAUUCUCCGACUGGCUGCAGCUGGCCCGACGCACGCUGGAGGACAAGGAGCGUGCGCUGUCCGAUCUGACUCGUCUCUCCGCGCAGGCAGACAACAUACGCGAGUUUGUCAGCGAUGUGAUUGGCCACCAAGCGGAUCUGCGCUUCAUUACGAUGGCAGCGCAGAAGUUUGUGGACGAAAGCAAAGAAUUUCUGGCGGUGCUCAAUGAUUUCCGCACCUCGUUGCCGGAACGUCUGCCGCAUGUGGAGCCGCUGUCCAGCGCCGAGAGUCCCAUACGCCAGGAGGUGUCACUUGUGUCCGCGCAGUACAAGGAUCUGCUGAAUCGCGUGAAUGCUUUGCAGGAUCGUGUCUCCGGGUUGGGUGGACGCCAGCGCGAAUACCAAGAUGCCCUGAACAAGGCCAGUGAAUGGCUGCGCAGCAUGCAGCCGCGUGUCUCGCGCAUCAUCAGCGAGCCCAUUGCCGUGGAGCCCAAGGAUGUGCAGCAGCAGCUGAACGAGGCCAAGGCGCUGCAUAGCGAGCUGAUGUCAAGUGGCCGGCUGGUGGACAAUGCCCAACAGGCUUUGGAUAACUUGCUGCGCACCAUUGGCGCCGAGCUGAGUCCGCUGGAGAUUAAGCAGCUGGAGCUGCCCAUAGCCGAGCUGAAGCACAACUAUGAGCAACUGUUGCAUACGCUGGGCGAGCAUUGCCAGCAGCUGGACAAGACGCUGGUGCAAUCGCAAGGCGUGCAGCAGGCGCUGGACAGUUUGGUCAACUGGGUGCAGCAGGCCGAGGACAAGUUCAAGCUGAAUCUGCGUCCCGCUUCGCUGAUCAAGGAGCGUCUGCAGGAGCAACUGCGAGAGCACAAAGUGCUGCUGGCCGAUUUGCAGUCGCAUCAGUCGAGCAUUGACAGCGUGCAGGUCGCCGCGCAGCAGCUGCUGUCCAAUGCCAGCAAUGCACGCAUUGCCAAGAAGGUGGAGAGCAACUUGCAUGACGUCACCGGCAAGUUCGACAAGCUGUACGAGAAGGCGCAAAAGCGUGGCGACUUCUUGGACGAUGUCUACAAUCGUCUGUGCAAAUAUUUGGAGGACAUCAGCAACGUGGAGCAGCGCAUUGUGUCGCUGCAGGAAUCGCUCGACAGUCGCGACAGCGAGGAGUUGGCGCGUCGUCUGCCCCAACUUGCCAAUGAGCAGCAGCAGCUGGCGCCACAAUUUGAGGCAUGCGUGCGUCAAGGCAAGGAGCUGAUUGCGCUGCGUGAUGUCACCGAUACCGCCGCUUUGCGUGAUCGCAUCAAGGCGCUGGAGUCGCAAUGGCGCAACAUCAAUGCCAGCAUUGAGGAGCGCAGCAAGCUGUCGCAGCAGAAGGCGGAGCAGCAACUCGCCUAUGAGCGACUCAAGGAGCAAGUGCUCGCCUGGCUGGCCAGCAUGGAGGCGCGUGUGAAUUCCCUUGCACCCGUUGCCAUUGAUCUGACCAAGCUGCAGCAGCAGCAGUCGGAGCUGAAGCCCAUCUGCAAGGACUAUCGCGACUAUGCGCCCAACAUUGACAAGAUCAACGAUGUGGGCACGCAGUACGACUCGCUUAUACGGCCGGACAGUCCGGCGCGCAAGCGCUCCACCUACAGUCCCAUUAAACGCGCCAGUCCGCUGCGCCGCAUGUCGGGCGAAGCACGCAGUCCUAGUCCCAGCAAGGGAGGCAUACUGUCGCCACUAUCAACUGCUUCGAGUGGUUUUGGUAGCCGCAGAUCCUCCCAAGAUGGUUUCCAGCUCUCAGAGCUGUCGCCCGUGCAGCAGCAGCUGAGCGAGAUCAACAAUCGCUAUGGCCUGGUGGGCGUGCGUCUCAACGAUCGCCAACAUGAGCUGGACAGCCUCAACGAGGAGCUGCGCAAGCAGCAGGAAAAUCUCAAGAAUCUGGCGCAAUUCCUGGAGCGCAUACAGCGACAACUGCCCAAGGAGUCGGUGUCCAACAAGGACGAGGCCGAGCGUUGCAUCAAGCAGGCGCGCAAGAUACUCGAGGACAUGUACGAGAAGCAGAGUCUGCUGGACACCACCAAGGCGCAAAUCAAGGACAUACUGCGUCGCAAGUCGGAUGUGCCCGGUGCGGAGCAACUGCGUCAGGAGAACGACAACAUACAGGACAAGUGGAAGCAGCUGAACGACAUCUGCAAGCAGCGCAUUGCCUUUGCCGAGAAGCUGCGCGACCUGCUCGACACGCAUGGCAAUCUGAAGAGCUGGCUGGACAGCAAGGAGCGCAUGUUGACCGUGCUCGGUCCCAUUAGCUCCGAUCCGCGCAUGGUGCAGAGCCAAGUGCAGCAGGUGCAAGUGUUGCGCGAGGAAUUCCGCACACAGCAGCCGCAGCUGAAGCAUUUGCAGGACCUGGCGCAUGAUGUGCUGGAGCAGCUCGUGGGCACACCCGAUGCCCAGGCUGUGCAGCAGAAAUUGCACGACGUGCAGAGCAAAUGGGAUGAGCUGAUGGGCAAGCUGGAUGAGCGUGCCAGCAGUUUGGGCGGUGCAGCCGACAGCUCCAAGGAGUUCGAUGCCGCCGUCAAUCGUCUGCGUGAGGCACUGCAGCAAAUCAGCGAUAGCUUGGACACGCUGCCCACCGAUGGUGACCAGCAGGAGCAGCUGCGCAAGAUUGAGCACUUGGAGCGUCAGCUUGAGGGUCAACGUCCGCUGCUAGCGGAUGUGGAACAAGCUGCCGCCACUUUGUGCAACAUUCUGGGCGAUCCCGCGUCGCGUGCCGAUGUCAACUCGCGUGUUGCCGCCUUGGAGAAACAAUACCAGGCGCUGCAGAAGAAACUGGACACCAAGAAAGCAGAAACAGAGUCCGCGCUGCGCGAUGGUCGCCACUUUGCCGAGAACUGCGCCAAGACGCUUGGCUGGCUCUCCGGCGAACUGGCCAAUCUUAGCGAGCGGCUGCUCGUCUCGGCGCACAAGCCCACGCUGCAGCAUCAAAUCGACACGCAUGAGCCCAUUUACCGCGAGGUCAUGGCGCGCGAGCACGAGGUGAUUAUGCUGAUCAACAAGGGCAAGGACUUGUCCGCUGGCUCACAGGAUCGCAGCGUCAAGCGCGAUCUGGAGCGCAUUCAGCAGCAGUGGGAGAAGCUGCGCCGCGAGGCUGUCGAUCGUCAUACACGCCUGCAAACCUGCAUGGAGCAGUGCAAGAAGUACACGCAAACCUCGGAGACCUUCCUCGCCUGGCUGCGCACUGCUGAGGACAAACUGGCCGAGCUCAAGCCCGGCGAGCUGUCCAAGUCCAAGCUGGAGAGUCGCUUGCGUGAGUUGCAAAACUAUCGCAGCGAAGUGUGGCAGCACUCGGGUGAAUAUGAGAACACCAAGGGCUUGGGUGAGAGUUUCCUCACCAGCUGUGACAUAGACAAGGAGCCCAUCAAGGCCGAGCUGCAGGACAUACGCGCACGCUGGGAGCGUCUCAACAACGAUUUGAUUGCACGCGCUCAAGAGUUUGAGCAUUGCUCGAGACGCUUGGGCGAUUUCAAUGACGAGCUGCGUCAGCUGGAGCAUGCGCUGGGACGCUGCGAAGAUCGUCUGGCGGCACAUGAUGCGCUAGGCGGUGCAGCCAAGGAUCCCAAGCUGCUGGAGCGUGUCAAGGCCAUACGCGAGGAGCUCACAAAGUUGAGCAAGCCAAUGUCGAAUCUCAAGGCUUUGGCCAAGGACAUUAGCGCGGAAGCGCGUGCAGCUGGCGGCGAUGCACAGCAUCUAACCAGCGAGGUCGAUGGCCUGGCUGAGCGCAUGUCUGAGCUGCAAGGACGCUUGGACGAUCGCUGUGGUGAGCUGCAGUCGGCCGCCACUGCAGUCUCGCAGUUCAAUGAGCAAAUGAAGAACUUGAGCGUGGAUGUGAAUGAGUUGGAAGUGGAAAUCGAGCAGCUCUCGCCGCCGGCGCGCGAAAUCAAAUUGGUGCAACAGCAGCUCGACGAAACCAACAAGCUGCAGUCCAAGCUGGAGCGUCUCGUUGCGCGUCUCUCAGACGCAGAGCGUGCGGCUGAGCAGCUGGUGGACGCCGGUUUUGCUGCCGAUACGACUCAAACGCGCGAGCAAAUCGCCACGCUGCGCAAGACGCUGGGACGCCUGGACAAUCGUCUGCGCGAGCAUGAGCAGAACUUGGAGAGCACCUUGAAGGCGCUGCGUGAGUUCUACGACAUGCAGAGCACCACGCUGGAUGACAUCAAGGAUGUGAGCGCAGAGUUCAAGCGCAUGUCGCCUGUGGGCUCGGAGCUGGAGCAGAUACGUCGCCAGCAGACGGACUUCCGUCAGUUUAGAGAGCGCAAAGUGGAGCCGUUGGCACAGAAUGUGGACAAGGUCAACAUGUCUGGACGUGAUCUAGUGCGUUCGGCCAGCAGCGGCGUUUCCACCAACAUCAUUGAAAAGGAUUUGGAGCAGCUCAACGAGCGCUGGAAUGACUUGAAGGAACGCAUGAACGAGCGUGAUCGUCGCUUGGAUGUGGCGCUGCUGCAGUCAGGCAAGUUCCAGGAAGCGCUCGCUGGUCUCAGCAAAUGGUUGAGCGACACCGAGGAAAUGGUUGCCAAUCAGAAGCCGCCAAGCGCUGAUUAUAAGGUGGUCAAGGCGCAGCUGCAGGAGCAAAAGUUCCUGAAGAAAAUGCUGCUCGAUCGUCAGCAGUCCAUGGGCUCGUUGGCCAAUCUCGGCAAGGAAGUGGCGCAGCAUUGUGCGCCCGCUGAGCGUUCCGCCAUCGAACAGCAACUCAAUGAGCUAAUGAAGCGCUUCGAUGCGCUGACCAAUGGCGCCGAGCAGCGUGAGCUGGAUCUUGAGGAGGCCAUGGAGGUUGCCAAGCGUUUCCACGACAAAAUCAGUCCGCUGGAGUUGUGGCUCGACAAUACCGAACGCUCACUCAAGUCCAUGGAGCUGAUACCCACGGAUGAGGAGAAGAUUCAGCAGCGCAUACGCGAGCACGAUCGCUUGCAUGAUGAGAUCUUGGGCAAGCAGCCAGAGUUUACACAGCUGGCGGAUGUUGCUGCUCAGCUCAUGCAUUUGGUCAGCGAUGAGGAGGCUGUGAAUCUGGGCGAGAAGGUGCGCACGGUGACCGAACGUUACACCGGAUUGGUGGACGCUAGCGAUAACAUUGGCGCCUUGUUGGCGGAGUCUCGUCAAGGUCUGCGUCACUUGGUGCUGAGCUAUCAGGAUUUGGUCGCCUGGAUGGAAAGCAUGGAGGCGGAGCUGCAACGCUACAAAUCUGUGCCUGUCUAUGCAGAGAAGCUGCUGGAGCAAAUGGAUCAGCUGCUGGAGCUGAAUGAAAACAUUGCUGGCCAUGCAUCCAAUGUGGAGGCCACUGUUGAAUCCGGCGCUGAGCUCAUGAAGCACAUUUCCAAUGAUGAAGCCAUACAGCUGAAGGAUAAGCUCGACUCACUGCAGCGUCGCUAUGGUGAGCUCACCAAUCGUGGUGGCCAGCUGCUGAAGCAGGCGCAGAAUGCGCUGCCUUUGGUGCAGCAGUUCCAUGAGGCUCACACUCGUUUAGUGGAUUGGAUGCAGAGCGCUGAGACCGCAUUGGCUCCCAGCGAACCACGUCAAGCCGAUGUGCUGCGUCUGGAGAGCGAAUUGUCGGACAUGCGUCCCAUUCUGGACACCAUUAACUUGGUGGGUCCGCAGCUCUGCCAGCUGUCGCCAGGUGAAGGCGCCGCCAGCAUUGAGAGCAUUGUAACCCGCGACAAUCGCCGCUUUGACGCCAUUGUCGAGCAGAUUCAACGCAAGGCGGAGCGUCUGCACUUGAGCAAUCAACGCGCCAAGGAAGUAACCGGUGAUAUCGAUGAGCUGCUCGAAUGGUUCCGUGAAAUGGACGGCACGCUACGCGAUGCUGAUCCGCCAGCCAUUGAACCCAAGCUGGUGCGCGCUCAACUGCAAGAGCAUCGUUCCAUCAACGACGACAUCUCCAGCCAGAAGGGACGCGUGCGUGAUGUGACCGCAGCAUCCAAGAAGGUGCUGCGUGAGUCGCCGCAGAGCGAGAACACCGCAACGCUGCGUGAGAAGCUGGACGAUCUGAAGGAGAUUGUCGACACAGUUGCUCAGCUUUGCAGCGAGCGUUUGGGCAUUUUGGAGCAAGCGCUGCCCUUGUCCGAGCACUUUGCCGACUCUCACCAAGGCCUGACCACCUGGCUGGACGAUAUGGAGCAGCAAAUCUCGCGCCUCAGCAUGCCUGCCUUGCGUCCCGAUCAGAUUACGCUGCAGCAGGACAAGAACGAGCGUCUGUUGCACUCCAUAGCUGAGCACAAGCCACUGCUGGACAAGCUCAACAAAACCGGUGAGGCCUUGGGUGCUUUGGUAGCCGAGGAGGACAGCGCCAAGAUCAACGAAAUCUUGGAUGCGGAUAAUGCUCGCUACGCUGCCUUGCGUCUGGAGCUGCGUGAGCGUCAACAGGCGCUCGAGAGCGCGCUCCAGGAGUCGAGCCAGUUCUCUGACAAGCUCGAGGGUAUGUUGCGUGCAUUGGCCAACACCGUGGAUCAAGUGAACCAAUUGGAUCCGCUUUCGGCGCUGCCACAAAAGAUUCGCGAACAAAUCGAGGACAACGAUGCGUUGAUGGAUGAUCUUGACAAGCGUCAGGAUGCGUUCAGCGCAGUGCAGCGUGCCGCCAACGAAGUUAUCGCCAAGGCGGGCAACAAAGCUGAUCCUGCAGUGCGUGACAUCAAGGCCAAGCUGGAGAAGCUCAACAAUCUGUGGCAUGAUGUGCAAAAGGCCACCAAGAAACGUGGCAGCUCUUUGGAUGAUAUCCUGGCUGUAGCAGAGCCUUUCUGGCAGCAGCUGAACAGCGUGAUGAAGACGCUCAAGGAUCUGGAGGAGACACUCUCCUGCCAGGAGCCACCUGCAGCACAGCCACAAGACAUCAAGAAGCAACAAGUGGCGCUGCAGGAGAUUCGCCAUGAGAUUGAUCAGACCAAGCCCGAGGUGGAGCAAGUGCGUCGUCAUGGCAGCAACUUGAUGAACAUGUGCGGUGAACCCGACAAACCAGAAGUGAAGAAGCACAUUGAAGAUCUGGACAAUGCCUGGGAUAACAUCACCGCGCUGUACGCCAAGCGUGAGGAGAAUCUCAUUGAUGCCAUGGAGAAGGCCAUGGAGUUCCAUGAGACGCUGCAGAACCUGCUCAAGUUCCUUACCAAGGCUGAGGACAAGUUUGCCCAUCUGGGUGCCGUUGGCUCGGACAUUGAUGCCGUCAAGCGACAAAUUGAACAGCUCAAGUCGUUCAAGGACGAAGUCGAUCCGCAUAUGGUCGAAGUAGAAGCAUUAAACAGAGGUCUAGAAAGACAAGCUGUAGAACUGACGGAACGCACUUCGCCAGAGCAGGCGGCAUCUAUACGCGAGCCACUCACCGUGGUCAAUCGCCGCUGGGAGUCUCUGCUGCGUGGCAUGGUCGAGCGCCAGAAGCAAUUGGAGCAUGCGCUGCUGCACUUGGGACAAUUCCAACAUGCGCUCAACGAGCUGCUCGUCUGGAUCAACAAGACGGACAGCACGCUGGAUCAGCUGAAGCCCAUACCUGGAGAUCCGCAGUUGCUGGAGGUUGAGCUGGCCAAGCUGAAGGUGCUGGCCAAUGAUAUACAGGCGCAUCAGAAUUCAGUGGAUACGCUGAACGAUGCUGGCCGCCAGCUUAUCGAAACGGAGAAGGGCUCCGUGGAGGCUUCGACCACGCAGGAGAAACUGCGCAAGCUGAACAACGAGUGGAAGCAGCUGCUGCAAAAGGCAAGCGAUCGCCAGCAUGAGCUGGAGGAGGCGCUACGCGAGGCUCAAGGCUACAUUGCUGAAGUGCAAGACAUACUUGGCUGGCUGGGCGAUGUUGAUGCCGUCAUUGGCGCCAGCAAACCCGUGGGUGGACUUCCCGAAACCGCCACCGAGCAAUUGGAACGCUUCAUGGAAGUGUACAAUGAGCUGGAGGAGAAUCGUCCCAAGGUGGAGACCAUUCAGGCGCAGGGUCAGGAGUACAUCAAGCGCCAGAACCAGAUGAAGGUGCCUUCCAGCAAUCUGCAGCAUACGCUGCGUACAUUGAAGCAACGCUGGGAUGCAGUUGUGUCCCGAGCUUCGGACAAGAAGAUUAAGCUGGAAAUUGCGCUGAAGGAAGCCACUGAGUUCCAUGAUACGCUGCAAGCCUUUGUCGAGUGGCUAACCCAGGCUGAGAAGCAACUGUCUAAUGCAGAGCCCGUCUCGCGCGUGCUGGAGACCAUCCAAGCGCAAAUGGAGGAGCACAAGGUGCUGCAGAAGGAUGUGAGCACGCAUCGCGAGGCAAUGCUGCUGCUGGACAAGAAGGGCACGCAUCUGAAGUACUUCAGCCAGAAGCAGGAUGUGAUACUCAUCAAGAAUCUGUUGGUGUCCGUGCAGCAUCGUUGGGAACGCGUCGUCAGCAAAGCGGCGGAGCGUACUCGUGCUUUGGAUCAUGGCUACAAAGAGGCGCGUGAGUUCAACGACGCCUGGCAUGGCAUGAUGCAGUAUCUGCAGGAAACCGAGCAGGUGCUGGAUCAGAUCAUCGAGGAGGCCACCGCAUCCAAGGAGCCGCAGAAGAUCAAGAAGUACAUUGGCAAGCUGAAGGAGACGCAUCGUCAGCUGGGCGCCAAGCAGUCCGUCUACGACGGCACCAUGCGCAACGGCAAGAAUCUGAUGGAGCGUGCACCCAAGGGCGAUCGCCCAGUCCUGGACAAGAUGCUGCUGGAGCUCAAGGAGCAAUGGACGCGUGUCUGGUCCAAGAGCAUUGAUCGUCAGCGCAAGCUGGAGGAGGCUUUGCUGCUCUCCGGACAGUUUAGCGAUGCGCUGGGCGAGCUGCUCGAGUGGCUGAAGAAGGCCAAGAGUCGCCUCAACGAGAACGGACCCGUGCAUGGCGAUUUGGAAACGGUGCAAGGACUCUGCGAGCAUCACAAGCACAUCGAGCAGGAUCUGCAGAAGCGCGCGGCUCAAAUGUCCGGCGUGCUGAAGACCGGACGUGAGCUGGAACGCUCAGGCAACAAUCCCGAGGUGGGCCGCCAGCUGGAUGAGCUGCAGUCCAUUUGGGAGGAGGUCAAGAGCGCCGUCGCCAAUCGUGGCGAGCGCCUGCAAGUUGCGCUGGUCGAUGCUGAGAAGCUCAAUGCACGCGUCCAGGCCUUGUUCGAUUGGCUGGAUCAUGCGGAGCACAAGCUGCGCUAUGCCAAGAACGCACCCGAUGACGAGAAGGUGUCGCGCGAAAUGAUGGACAUACACAUGGACUUCAUGAAGGAUCUGCGCGUGCGUGAGCGCGAGAAGAGCGAGACGUUCGAGUAUGCCGAGGAGAUUAUAGACAAGGCCUAUCCCGAUGCCAUACCCAUCAUCAAGAACUGGCUGUCGAUCAUACAGCAACGCUGGGAGGAGGUGCGCCAAUGGGCCAUCAACCGCGAGUCCAAGCUGGACUCACAUCUGCAGUCGCUCAAGGAUCUGGACGAUACCAUCGAAGAGCUGCUCGCUUGGCUCAGCGGUCUCGAAGGCACGCUGCUGAAUCUGAAGCAUGAACAACUGCCCGAUGAGAUUCCGCCCGUGGAGAAACUGAUUGAGGAUCACAAGGAGUUUAUGGAGAACACUGCACGCCGCCAGAACGAAGUGGAUCGUGCCUGCAAGCCGCGCCAGCUGCCGCCAGGCGCACGCAAACCCUCGCGCAGUGGCAAGACGCCAGUUCGUGGCUCCAGUCACGAUCUGCGUGAGCAAUCGCCCGAUGGCACGCUGCGACGUCAAAGCUUCAAGGGCUCACGCGAUCAAGGACUCAAUGCACGCAAGGGCAGUCGUGUUACGCCCACGCGAGACACGCCCGACAGAGAUCGCCUGCCGCACUAUGGGCCACGUUUCUCGCCAAGCUCUAGCGGACCUGAACUGGAAUUCCGUUCGCCACGCGCCAAGCUGCUGUGGACCAAGUGGCGCGAUGUCUGGAUGCUCUCAUGGGAGCGCCAGCGUCUGCUGCAUGAGCAUCUUAUGUACCUGAAGGAUGUGGAGCGUGCUCGCAACUUUAGCUGGGAUGAUUGGCGCAAACGCUUCUUGAAGUACAUGAACCACAAGAAAUCACGCCUGACUGAUUUGUUCCGUAAAAUGGACAAGGAUAACAAUGGCAUGAUACCACGCGAUGUCUUCAUCGAUGGCAUACUCAAUACGAAAUUCGAUACCUCUGGCUUGGAAAUGAAGGCUGUGGCCGAUCUGUUCGAUCGCAAUGGCGAGGGUCUUAUUGACUGGCAGGAGUUCAUUGCUGCACUGCGUCCCGAUUGGCAAGAACGCAAACCCGCUACGGACAAUGACAAAAUACACGACGAAGUCAAGCGUUUGGUUAUGCUCUGCACUUGUCGCCAAAAGUUCCGUGUAUUCCAAGUGGGCGAAGGCAAAUACAGAUUCGGAGACUCCCAGAAGUUGCGCCUGGUUCGCAUUCUGCGCAGCACUGUCAUGGUGCGCGUUGGUGGCGGCUGGGUGGCUCUGGAUGAAUUCCUGCAGAAGAACGAUCCUUGUCGCGCUAAGGGACGCACUAACAUUGAGCUACGCGAGCAAUUCAUUUUGGCCGAUGGCGUCUCGCAGAGCAUGGCCGCAUUUACGCCCCGACGUUCCACGCCCAAUGCCGCCCAUACUGCCAACAGUUCACAAAAUGGCGCCGGUAGCCCCAACUUGCCGCCAUAUAUGAGUGGACAGGGUCCCAUCAUAAAGGUACGCGAGCGUUCAGUGCGCUCCAUACCCAUGUCGCGUCCAUCGCGCUCUUCACUCUCGGCCAGCACGCCCGACUCGCUCAGCGACAACGAGGGCAGCCAUGGCGGUCCCUCCGGACGUUAUACGCCACGCAAGGUCACAUAUACGAGCACACGCACGGGCCUCACGCCAGGAGGCUCACGCGCCGGCUCCAAGCCCAACUCACGCCCGCUCAGCAGACAAGGCUCCAAGCCGCCCUCACGUCAAGGCUCAACGUUAUCGCUAGAUAGCACAGAUGAUCACACACCCUCGCGCAUACCACAGCGCAAGCCAUCGGCAACGAGCAGCAUCAGCGGCACUGGGACUACGCCACAUCCGGCCAGGCUUUCGGUAACGACUGCCACCACUCCGGGCAGCCGGCUCAAUGGCAGCAGCACCAUCACUCGCAAAACUGCCUCAGGCUCAGCCAGUCCAGCGCCCACCAGCAAUGGAGGCAUGAGUAGAUCAUCCAGUAUACCAGCACUAACAGGCUUCGGCUACAAACCCACUAGCCGCCCAUCACGGAUACCGGUUAAGAUACCCCAAAACGAUUCCAAAACAUCAUCGCCCACCAGCUCAACAGCAAAUCCAAACAGCUUGGGACGCAACAUCAGCGGCAGCUCAACGCCAUCGGGCAUGCAGACUCCGCGCAAGAGCUCGGCGGAGCCCACAUUCAGCUCCACCCAGCGACGCACAUCACGCGGCACAACGCCCACUGAGAAGCGCGAGCCGUUCCGACUUUAAGUCCGCUCUUGCACUUCAAACGAUGCCAACAAAACACACACACACAAAUCAAAUCUAAACUACUACUAACCACGCACUGAAGUUCUUAAACUAACCAAAAAUGUUAAAACCCCCCAACCCCUCUAUCAAUCACAGUCUACAUUAGCAGAAUGUAGCAAACAGACAAACAAACAGUUCAUAGAGAGACUUGUGCCCUCAGUUCGCUGAGAAUUUGUGAAAAAAAAAAAUUACAAAAUUCUAUUAAACUUUGUAUAACGAUAUUUUGGUUAAAAGCGUAAAAGACACACAGAGCUGCAACAAUUAGUUUAUAGUGUUUCCAGUUGAAGCCAAUAAUAUGUAUUGUACAUACAUAGCACACACACAAAGUUGAACCAACUACUACUUACGCCUACUACUAACUAAUGCAGACAUUUUGCUACUACUAAUUUUUAAUGCCUACACUAUUUACUAGUUAUACACAUUUUCCAAAAUUUAUAAUUUGUAUAUACUUAUAAUGCAAACAAAAAAUAAGAAAAUACACUCCAAGUGCUUUAAGGCAAUGAAAAAAAUAUAAAAAUUAAAAUAAAAAAAAAAUACACAUUCGAAUGAAAUGUCGACCACUUGUUGUCCGCCAACUGCUCUUGUGCUCCAGCCGCGUCUCGAAAUCGCCAGUUCGAGUUCGCAUGCUGUCACUUGAGUGGGCGUGGCAUGAGUGUGUCGCA